UGCGACUGUUUCUGUUAUGUCUGAACUGAUGACGAGAUGAAAAUGGCGGAUCUUUCGAAAUCCAAGCCCGGCCUGAAAUAGACACGCAGCCCGCUUAACUCCCUUUAACAGGACUCCGUUCAGGAGACAAACACCUGUCUGCAAAAACUCUUGAAUAUAUUUGUAAAUAUGCAUAUUUUCGUCGCAGCAGUAUAGACAGAAAAGCAGACGCGUCGAAUGCCAACAAACUCCGUCUGAUGUGAAACUGACAGGCUUGUUUUUAACUGUUGAGUGUGUUAUUGGUAACUCUGCAGAAUGGAUGUGGUGUCUCCUGAGCUCAACAGUCUCCUCCCUGAUGAGAUCAUGGAUACAGAAGCGAUGGAUGAAGAUCCGCCUGCUUCACACCUCGCCCCUCCACCCCAAUCUGCCCCAGAAUCGGCGCAGGUACCAAUGGAAACAGAGGUGCCCGAAAUCAUCAGCAUUUGUCCAACAACCACCUCUGCGCAGGUCACCUCCACCAAUGUUCAAAGUAGCAUCAGCUCCACAACUCAACUCCUCCUCACCCCAUCAUCAUCAUCAUCAUCAUCAUCAUCCUCCUCCUCAGCCACAAAAAACACCACUCCAAACCUUCCCAAAAUCCCCAGCCUUUCCGUCCCACCAAACCACCAGCUCAUCAUCAAUAAAGUGGCGGCAGAUGGAAAGUCUCCGGGCGGCGCAGUGAUAAAGCAGGAGGGCCAGAAACUGCUGGUUGCCGGGCUCAGUAAAACAGGCCAGCCCAUUAUGCUGGCUCUGCCCCACACUUGGAACAAGCCGGCCACCAGCCAGGGCUCAGGUGAUGCCAAGAGCCAGCCCACGCAGAUCAAGAUGGUGACGACAGUGGGCAAGCCUGUGAUCGCAGUGAGCUCCGCCAGUCAGCUGGUGGCUUCAUCCACACCACUGCAGGCACAGCAGCUCAAGACACUGCAGAUCACAAAGAAGCCCCCAGUGUCUACAGCCGGACCAAUGAUAACAAAGCUCAUCAUCACAAAGGCUCUUAACAAUAAAGUACUGAGCAGCCCGGGUUCAGUGUCUCCUGUAGUCACCGGCCGAGUUGUUACCCAGAGUACCCCAUUGACGCCUCCACGCACCAUUGCCAUUGGUGAGACCAUCAGCACUGUGCAACAGAAUGCCAACACUAACAGCAAAGUCGCCAUCUCCCCUCUCAAGUCUCCCAGCAAGCUGACUGUGGUGUCGGUGGCCAAUCAAUCUUCAAACUCCCCCCAGAAGUCUGUGACUCUGCCGCUCAAUGUAGCUCUGGGCCAGCAGAUCCUCACUGUUCAGCAGUCUGCCGUCACCUCUCCAGCUAAAGCAGGAAGCAGCCAGUCCACCACACAGACAGUAAAGCCGGUGCAGACAGUUACGGUUCCCACAUCCCAGUUCAAGACCAUCAUUCCCCUCACCACACCUCCCAAUGUGCAGCAGAUCCAGGUGCCGGGCAGCCGCUUCCAUUAUGUUCGUCUGGUAACAGCGACCACUGGCAGCAGCACCGUACAGACGGGUGGCAGCACCAACACAAACCCAUCCAUACAGCCAGCCAAGCCAGUGAUGAUGAAUGCUGCAGUACGGAUGUCUGUCCCAAUUGUCCCAGCACAGACAGUCAAACAGGUUGUACCCAAACCCUUGUCAUCAGCAACUCAGGUGGUGACCACCAGUCAAACCCCUCAGCGUCUCAUCAUGCCGGCCACACAUCUGCCACAGAUCCAGCCCAACCUCACCAACCUGCCGCCAGGCACUGUUCUCGCCCCUGCCCACGGCUCUGGAAAUGUGGGCUACGCUGUGCUGCCGGCCCCAUACGUCACGCAGAUCCCCCAGCCUGCGUUUGUGACUUUGACCAGCAGCUCCACCUUCUCCACAGCCACUCCAAGCCAGGCUCAAGCCAGACUGUCACUUAACGGUUUGUCAACGUCAGAAGCAAAUUCAAGGCCGAGAAAACCCUGCAACUGCACGCGGUCGCAGUGUCUGAAGUUAUAUUGUGAUUGCUUUGCCAACGGAGAGUUCUGUAAUAACUGCAACUGCGUUAAUUGCUUUAACAACCUUGAUCAUGAGAGCGAAAGACUGAAGGCCAUCAAGGCGUGUUUAGACAGAAAUCCCGUGGCUUUCAAGCCUAAGAUUGGCAAAGGCAAAGAAGGAGAAUCCGACAGGAGACACAGCAAAGGCUGCAACUGUAAGAAAUCUGGCUGUCUGAAAAACUACUGCGAGUGCUACGAGGCAAAGAUCAUGUGUUCGUCCAUCUGCAAAUGCAUGGGCUGCAAGAACUUUGAGGAGAGUCCAGAGAGGAAAACGCUGAUGCACCUGGCAGACGCUGCAGAGGUGCGGGUCCAGCAGCAAACUGCAGCCAAAACCAAACUGUCCUCGCAGAUCUCAGAUCUGCUCACCAGAACCACACCAGCCAUCACUAGUGGAGGUGGAAAGUUGCCAUACACAUUCGUAACAAAGGAAGUGGCAGAGGCGACGUGCGACUGUUUGCUGGAGCAGGCAGAGCAGGCCGAACUGACCAAUCAGCCGCAGGCCAUGGCAGAACGGCUCAUUCUGGAAGAGUUCGGCCGCUGCCUCCACAGGAUCAUCAGUUUUGCCGGAAAAGCCAAGACGGACUGUCCUAUCAACUGCUGAACCCUGACUGACCCGGAUCCACUUUUACCUGCCCCUCGUGUUUAUACACAGGGCCUUCAAAUAAAGAGACAAAAGCAGAGCGUGGCACUAAUAUUCAUCAGGAGGACUACAGUUCUUGAUUGUAGCCCUGGAUAUGGGGGUUUGUUUUAGAACAAUCGAUUACAAUUUUAAGGUAGUUUUUGUUUUGUUUGGCAGCGUUUGUUUUGUUUUUUCCACUUUUAAAUGUGUGAUCAUGGUAUUUGUUUGUCUUUUAAAACUGGAUUCAUCCUUCACUGUCAUUAGAAACCCAUUUUUCUUGCUUCUAUUUACUUCGGGAUCGGUCGGGAUGAAGAAGGAGCUCUCCUGCACAUGUAACCAACCGUCUGAUCAUGACUGUAUACAGUAAGUAGCCUGUACUGUAGCCUCAUUCUCAUAUUUAUUCGCUUCCAGAAGGUUUUGUUCCUCGUCCAGAAUCCACCGGGUUCUUGGUGGCUUCUGUUUGAGUUCAUCAUCUGGGUCAGUUUUCGGUCCAGGCGGGACGAGGGCCUCAUGAAGUGUCUGACCACAGUACAGAGACGUCCUGUACGCGGGAAAAGUGCUCGACGAAUGAAUGUAUAUCUGAGAGGAUAUACUGGUGGAUAAAUGAUCUAGGAAUCAGUCUUAAAGCUUGUUUGGAAUGCGCUCGGUCACUUCAGUCUGCAAAUUCAUCAACAAUUCCCUCAAUGAUUGUCAACGUUUUUUUUUUUUUUUUUGCACUGUCAGGGUCUCAUUAAAUCACACAUCUCCAUGCUUGCAGUCGCUGAAACCAUUUAUAAGCAAAUCUGUCUAAGAAUAUCUCCAGUUCAUAUUACUUCCCUUAAAAAUAUAUACUGCUUAAUGAAAAUAAAGCAUAUUUUAGGAGCCAUUAAAGGAAUUCUUCACAUAAA